AUGUGGAAGUACUUCAGUGAAAUGAAUACAUAUCGUUAUAUUGACGUAAUAGAUAAAUUAAUUCACAGUUAUAAUCAUACCUGGCAUCGCUCUAUUCAAACUGAACCAGCGAAUGUCAAUAAACACAAUGAGAAACAAGUGUGGAAUCAAUUAUAUAAAGACCUACCUAAACCUCAACCUAAGUUCAAAGUGGGAGAUACAGUGCGCGUUAGCAAAUUAAAAAUGAUUUUUGAAAAAGGCUAUGAAAGUAACUGGACAAGAGAAAUAUUUACGAUCCAUGAAAUCCUUCCUAGAAAUCCACCUGUUUAUCGACUUAAAGACCUUGCCGGAGAAGUCAUUGAAGGAACCUUUUACGAAAAGGAACUGCAAAAAAUUUCAGAUUCGGGAUAUUAUCCUGUUGAAAAAGUGUUGCGAGAAAGAAAGAGAAACGGUGUGACGGAAUACUAUGUGAAAUUCGUAGGUUAUCCACCAAAAUUUAAUGCAUGGGUGACCGAUGUGAAAAGAAUAUAA